UACGGAGAUCUUUCAGUUUGUUCGCGUUGCUCCAAUCAAAAUGUGCUCGCUUUUGCUGUUAGGCUGCCUCUUUUUGGUAAACCAACUUGUAUGUGCACAAUUUCUGGAGCCAAACUGCGGUUUUAUGUCUCCGGAGGCACUGCAGAACGAAGGCCGGCAAGCGCACAUAUCGGAGAGUCCUUGGAUGGCCUACCUGCACGACUCCGGCAAGUUUGUGUGUGGCGGAUCGCUUAUUAACCACCGAUUUAUCCUGACAGCCGCACACUGCAUAACCCCCGAGGAGAAUCUUGCAGUGCGAUUGGGGGAGUUCGAUAUUCUGACCAGCCUCGACUGCAGUGGCUCCGAUUGCAUACCGCCCUCCGAGGAGUUCGUGAUCAACUUGGCCAUUCGCCACAGCGACUACUCGAGAACCAAUCGAUACCACGACAUUGGCUUACUCCGCCUGUCGAGAUCAGUGGAGUACAAAGCACACAUAAAACCGAUUUGCCUGAUCACAAAUACCGCUCAUCAGCCGCGCAUUGAGCGGCUUCAGAGGUUGGUGGCCACAGGCUGGGGCAGCGGCUCCCCCGGCUCUCCGAGCCGCAUCCUGAAGUCCAUUCGGGUGACUCGAGUGGAUAGAAGUGAGUGCCGCAGGAGGUACCUGGUCGACUGCCGCAGGGAUCAGAUCUGCGUGAGUCACGAGUCCGGGCAGUCCUGCAGCGGCGACUCCGGAGGACCCAUGGGCCACGCGUUCCGGCUUGAGGGUCAAGUGGUGUUCAUUCAGGUGGGAAUUGUCAGCUAUGGCAACGCAGAGUGCCUCAGUCCCAGUGUUUUCACGGAUGUGAUGGGUCAUGCGGCUUGGAUCAAGUGGGUUGUUGACCGCCACAGUGAAUAAGGAAAAGGGCCGUUUUACAGAGGUCGUUUUAAAAAAGCACUAAAGCGAAUA